AUGGCACUUGGGGGCAGAAGCUCUCCAAGCCACACUGAGUUCGAGAAUAUACUCAAUUUUCGUGAUGUGGGAGCUCAUAUCAACGCCAUCGUUGGCUCAGUGGUCCUGAACACUGGUCUCUUCUUCAGAAGCGCCCGACCUGACGAGGCCAGCAUACGAGAUCGCAAAAGGCUCGUGGACGAGUACAAAAUUAAAACCAUCAUUGACCUUCGUUCUGAGACAGAACACAUCAAUGCCGCCAAAAAGAGAACAGCUGUUUCGCCUACCACGCAGUCGGCCGCCAUCCCCUCGCCUAACGCCGCGGCUGCGGGCGAGAUUGAGAUUCCAGACAUAGAUUAUGCAAGGAUCAAUCUCAGCGGCAAGGGUUUCGAACGGCACUUGAUAUGGCAACUAAAGUAUACGAGUCUGGCUAAGCUUGUCUUCCUCAUGGCUCUAGGCUAUCGGACCGAGGGUAUCUCUGUUAUAGGAAGAGAACUCAUGCUUCCUCGGGGACUGAUUGGCCUUGGAAUAGACACCCUGGACCACAGCGGGCCGGAGAUCAAAGAAGUAUUCAAUGUUCUGUCCGAUCCUGCAUGCUGGCCAGUCCUUGUGCAUUGUACCCAAGGCAAAGACAGGACAGGCUUAAUUGUCCUCCUGGUUCUCCUUCUAUGCGAUGUUGAUGUUGGAGCAAUCAGCCGAGACUAUGUCCAAUCUGAGCCGGAAUUGGAGCCAGAGAAACAGGCGAGAAUGGAAGAGAUUGCCAGUAUAGGGUUGGACGAGACUUUCGCCGGUUGUCCAUCAGAGUUCUGUCAGAGAGUUAUAGAACACAUCCAUUCUGGAUACGGCGGCCUUGCAAAGUACCUGGACAGUAUCGGCGUUGACAGCGACCAACGUGCCCGUGUGCAGAGUGUCCUGUUGAGCAAACGUUGA